AUGAAUACAUUCGAUUUGAUACCAGUUAUCAGCAAUGUACCCGUAAAGAUUGAAUCGAUUGACAUAUGGGGAAAUAACAUCUAUAUAGGUACCAAUGAUGGCCAAGUACUACUCUAUAUCAUUGAAAAGGUUGAACUUAAUAAAAAGGUUACAUUUAAAUCUAGAAUGGAAAAGAAGAGAUCAUUGGGACAUGGAAAGAAACCAGUUGAAAAGAUACUUUUAAUUAGUGAUAUAGGAAAAUUGUUGACACUUUGUGCCGGUCCAAGGAACGGUGCAUUGGGGCGGGCCGCCACUAUCGAUGGCGUAUCUGCCACCGUACCUCUUGUCGGUCGUGCCCAACAAGGGUGUCGAGGUGCACGACCUGUCGUCGCAUCUCAUGCGUCUCGUGCAGACCGUUCCGGCGACAGUGGCCGCCAGCGCGCUCAGCGAGGGUCGUGGCGAGGGAAAAGACUUUAUAGUGAUGGCGACCGCGUCGGCCGUGUCGUGUCUGCAUAUCGGCAACGUCGACUCGCUCGUGCAAGAGCUGAUAUCGCGUGGCGAGCAUGA